GGCUGGGUGGCCCAGGACAGCUGCUUCCCCUUGCCUUUCAGCUGCUCCACAUCACCAGGAAACUUCUGGGGCAAAGGCUGUUCAACGUGCUAAUGAAGAUGACGUUCUAUGGGCAGUUUGUGGCUGGUGAGGACCAGGAGUCCAUCCGGCCCCUGAUCCAGCACAACAGGGCCUUUGGCGUCGGCUCCAUCCUGGAUUACGGAGUGGAGGAAGACCUGAGUUCUGAGGAGGCUGAGCUCAAGGAGAUGGAGUCUUGCACCUCAGCUGCGGAGAGGGAUGGCAGUGGCACGAGUAAGCGGGAGAAACAGUACCAGGCCCACCGGGCCUUCGGAGACCGCAGGGACGGCGUCAUCAGCGCCCGCACCUACUUCUAUGCCAACGAAGCCAAGUGCGACAGCCACAUGGAGAUAUUCUUGCGCUGCAUUGAGGCUUCAGGCGGAGCCAGCAAUGAUGGCUUCUCAGCCAUUAAGCUCACUGCACUAGGGAGACCCCAGUUUCUGCUGCAGUUCUCAGACGUGCUGACCAAGUGGAGACAGUUCUUUCACCAAAUGGCGGCAGAACAAGGGCAGGCUGGGCUGGCCGCCAAGGACACGAAGCUAGAGGUGGCCGCACUGCAGGAAAGCGUUACAAAGAUGGGCAUUGCGUCCAGGGCUGAGAUCGAGGACUGGUUCACGACGGAGACCCUAGGAGUGUCUGGCACCGUGGACCUGCUGGACUGGAGCAGCCUCAUUGACAGCAGGACCAAGCUCUCCAAGCACCUGGUGGUCCCCAAUGCACAGACAGGACAGCUGGAGCCCCUGCUGUCACGUUUCACCGAGGAGGAGGAGCUACAGAUGAGGAGAAUGCUGCAGCGGAUGGACAUCCUGGCCAAGAAAGCCAUGGAGGUGGGUGUGCGGCUGAUGGUGGACGCUGAGCAGACCUACUUCCAGCCGGCCAUCAGCCGCCUGACUCUGGAAAUGCAGCGCAAGUUCAACGUGGAGAAGCCACUCAUCUUCAACACCUACCAGUGCUACCUCAAGGAUGCCUACGACAAUGUGACUCUGGACGUGGAGCUGGCCCGCCGCGAGGGCUGGUGUUUUGGGGCCAAGCUAGUGAGGGGUGCAUACAUGGCCCAGGAACGUGCCCGCGCUGCAGAGAUCGGCUACGAGGACCCCAUCAACCCCACGUAUGAGGCCACCAACACCAUGUACCACAGGUGCCUCAACUACGUCUUGGAGGAGCUGAAGCACAACGCCAAGGCUGAGGUGAUGGUGGCUUCCCACAACGAGGACACGGUGCGCUUUGCACUCAGCAGGAUGGAGGACCUGGGCCUGCAUCCCGCUGACCGCCAGGUGUACUUUGGACAGCUGCUGGGCAUGUGCGACCAGAUCAGCUUCCCGCUGGGCCAGGCAGGCUUCCCUGUGUACAAGUAUGUGCCCUAUGGCCCUGUGAUGGAGGUGCUGCCGUACCUGUCCCGCCGUGCCCAGGAGAACAGCGGCAUCAUGAAGGGUGCCCAGAAGGAGCGGCAGCUGCUGUGGCAGGAGCUCCAGCGGCGGCUGCGCACCGGCAGCCUGUUCCACCGCCCGGCCUAGCGCUUGCAGCACCACAUCCACCACCUCUGCCACACUCUAGACUCCCCCUUGCCCCAGCUGUGGCCUCCCAGGGCCCUCAGGCUGGGGCAGGGAUUUGGCGU